GGACAUUAUAUGUUUUUCUUCUCCUUUCUUUACUUUAAGUAGAACAACAAAAGCCUUGUUCUUCACUUCCCACCAAGAAAAACACUGCUAACUUGUGGAAAUAGUUUAACCAUACCUUAGCUUGCAAGAAAAAAAUAUAUAUGGAUAGGCUUAUUCGUUUGGAACCAUCAAACCUUGUUGCUAUUAGGAUUGAGCCAGGGCAGAAAUGCUAUGGAGAGCUUACUUUGCGCAAUGUUAUGUACACCAUGCCGGUUGCAAUCCGGAUGCUGCCGGUUAACAAGGGCCGAUACACUGUCAAACCUCAGUCCGGAAUCAUAGUGCCACUUGGGACACUAACUGUGGAGAUUGUGUAUCAUCUCCCUCCUGGUUCACUUCUUCCGGACUCGUUUCCUUACAGUGAUGGUUCUUUCCAUCUGCAUAGUGUCGUGGUUCCCGGUGCGGCGAUCAAAGAUUCGGUAUCGAGCUUCGAUAUGGUUCCAAAUGACUGGUUCACUACAAAGAAGAAACAGGUGUUUAUUGAUAGUGGUAUCAAAAUCAUGUUUGUUGGUUCACCUGUUUUGGUUCAACUUGUGAUGGAUGGUUCAAUGGAAAGAAUCAGAGAGGUAUUGGAGCUUAGUGAUCCCACUUGGAAACUAGUUGAUUCAGUUGAUUCACGUGGACAAACAUUGCUUCAUAUUGCUAUAACUCAACGUAGACCUGAUAUUGUCCGAUUGCUGCUUGAAUUUGAGCCGGAUGUUGAGUUCCGAUGCCAGUCAGACUCUACCCCGCUCGGGGCUGCUGCAAGCUGUGGUGAAGAAUUGAUUGUUGAACUUCUGUUGGCACAUAACGCUAGCACAGAGCGAUGCGAGUCCUCUCGUUGGGGUCCUGUUCUCCUCGCUGCGGAUGGUGGCCAUGUAGAGGUUCUUAGACUUCUUCUGCUCAAAGGGGCUAAUAUUGAUUCCCUCACAAACGAUGGCAACUCUGCCUUACACCUUGCCGUCAAGGCAGGAAGAAAAGAUUGUGUCCGCCUACUAUUAGCUAAUGGUUCCAAACCUGAUGUACGCAAUACAAGAAAUGGCGAUACACCAUUGCAUAUCGCUGCACGACUAGGAGAUGAGCAGACGGUGAAACUUUUACUUCAAAAGGGGGCGUAUAAAGAUAACCGAAACAAAGCAGGAAAAGCCGCCUACGAUGUUGCAGCUGAGCAUGGUCACACAUGCCUUUUCGAUGCACUCAAGCUCGGUGACAGCUUAUGUUUAGCUGCUCGAAAAGGUGAAGCGAGAACCAUCCAGAGGCUGAUAAAAAACAGUGCGGCGAUCAACGGAAUGGAUCAACAUGGAUGGACGGCUUUACAUAGAGCCGCAUUCAAAGGAAGAACAGAUGCUGUAAGGAUGCUGAUUGAUAAGGGCAUCGAUAUUGAUUCCAAAGACGAAGACGGAUACACGGCUUUGCAUUGCGCGGUGGAAUCGGGCCAUGCCGAAGGGGUGGAAUUGUUGGUGAAGAAAGGAGCGGAUGUGGAAGCAAGGACUAAUAAAGGUGUCACAGCGCUGCAAAUUGCAGAUUCAUUGCAGUAUGCAGGCAUUAGCAAGAUACUGAUCCAUGGUGGAAACGGAAAAUUGGGGAAAGAGAUUGAAACAAAGGCAGGAACGAUGAAGAGGAGACUCUCAAAACCAAGAGCCCUGCCGGGUAGCUUCGACAGAUCACUACCAUUGGUAGUAAUUUAAACUUGCCUCUUACUUUUCUUAUAAUAUCCGUAUUCAACAUCUGUGUUAAUCUUCCAUUUACAUAUACAUAUUUUUACGCAUCCAAUAAAAAGUGCGCCGCUUCAUA